AUGAGGCGACGCUGGCGCCAUCGGCAUACUUCGCGACUUCGUUUUCUGGUGUCACAUCAGUGCAAAAUAUUACUCGAUUCUCUACAAUCGCAGCUAAAAGAGAUGGCGAGCGAUUCCAAAAAUGGACUACUUUUUAUCUUGGAGGGUCUAGCAGGUCUUCUCGGUGGAAGGACAGUUUUGGAAGCUGCCCGCUGGCAGCAAGGAAGAAUUGUUCGUGAUGUUGAGGCCGAAUCAAAUACAAGAAGGAAAAAAAAGAAGCCCAACAAGACGCCUUUUCUAGUGAAGGUCUUCCGCAAGUCAUCGUGUAGAUCGCAUAUGCGUUCAUGGAUCUCAAACGUCUGUAUUGAAGUCCUACGCGUUGGCGCAUCUCGAAGAUUGAUCAACGUCAACCAGUUUUUCCUUUACUCUUUUGAGGAAAACGAGGUCAGAGAAACAGGUCUCUCUCUCUGGAAAUAUAUUUGGGUCACAAAUGAUGAACAGACAGUUGCGCAAGCAGUUGCACUCGAAGCGACGCGGUGGAGCGUGACGGUUAAGAUUGUGUGA